CGUCUAGAGCUGCUCGAGUAAAGCGUCAUGCAGGUGCCGGACAACGCCCGCUGAUUGGUCCAAAGGACAUGUACAUGAAUGUCCGCCAGGGCGCUAUCAGCUGCACGUUUGGGGACCCACCGCCAAUCACGGGGCGACUUGACAUGGACCGUCCAGUUACCGCCGGCACAGUUGCAUCCGCCCAAGAGGCGGGUCACUCCAAGCACCGCCCGGUUCAACCAAACACUGCUCUUCAUUCUUUUCCCCCUCCAUCCAACAUCAAAAACUUUUCACCCGGCCUGCAUCAUACUGGAGCCGGGCUGGCUCUGUGGUUUCGACCGAAAAAUAUUACCUACAAACUUAGUUACUUGGCAAAUUGAUCAACAUGUCCUCCGUAAAUGCAUCAGCCAAGUCCAAGGGUCGGCGAUCGGGAUACCCGCUUCGAGGGAUUCGGAAGAUGCUCCACUCUACGCAGAGCCGAAGAAUGGCACUCCCUGGUAGAACGUUGCAUUGAUAUGCUCAUCCUGAAACCAAUGGCGACUGAUAUCAAUGAAGAAACUUUGACCGUCCAAUGGUACUGAGAGG